UCCUCUGGAAAGAAAAUGAAGAGUGCUGCCAGACCUUGGAGUGCAAUGGCAAAGCAAGGGAACCAUGGGAUUGACAGAGGAAAAUAUCUCCCCACCACUUCUUCGGGCAUGAAGACCUCCAAAUCCUCUACUUCACUUGCUUUUGAAUCUCGGCUCAGCAAGCUAAAAAGAGCUAGCAGUGAUGACAUGUUAACAAAGCCAGGGGUGACAGCAGCCUCCGGGGUCUCCAGACUGAAGAAGACCAUUACAACAGGAGCAAUUUCUGAGCUUGCUGAGAAUCGACUGAAGUCCAGCACAGGAAUUGUUUCAUCAGCGAAGCGCACAGGGAUUCCGGCUCCUCGGGAAAUUUCAUCAACUGUCUCCAGAGAGAGAGCUGUGUUGCGUGGUCCAGCCAACACCAGGAAAACUCAGCCCAGCCCAACUUCUUCUGGCACGCCCACGCCUACCAAGCACCUGCGUCCUUCUGCCAAGUCCAAGCAAGAGAAUGAAACUGGGGACAAGGCAGUUCUGGAGUCCCAGGUUAAGGAACUCUUGGCAGAAGCAAAGACGAAAGACACUGAAAUCACCAAGCUCCGGAGUGAGCUGAAGAAAUGCAAAGACAAAGGGUCAGUUAACUCUGAAGGGAUUGGUGCUUCAGACCAAAACUUAGAAACGUUACCAUUGUCACCUGGUGACAUUGACCCAUUAAUACAGACUCUUCAGGAAAAGAACAGGACUUUUCAAAAAGAGCUUGCUAGCCUGGUGGAAGAAAACCGGGUUUUGAAGGAGAAACUGAUUUAUCUAGAGCACUCCCCUCUCUCGGACACAACAACAAGCAGUGGGGGUGACAGCAGCUUCACAACCCCAGUCACUCAAGAAUCAAGUUUUGGAAGCCCAACAAAAAAUCUAUUGAGAGGUGAACCAGAUGAGCCCAGACAGCGUGUGAAUGGAGAAGCAGUGCGAAAGUCAGGUUCUUCUAGCAGUGAUGUGACUAAAGCCUCCUUGUCACCCGACGCAUCCGAUUUUGAACAUAUAGCAGAUGUACCUUCUAGGCCAACCUCCUCCAAUAGCAACCCCUUCAAGGGUUCCAGAUGCUCCACCACAGGGAGUUCUCCGAACAACAUUAGUGACCUUUCUGUGGCCUCCCUGACGGAGAAGAUACAAAAAAUGGAAGAAAACCACCACAGCACAGCAGAAGAGCUUCAAGCCACUUUGCAGGAGCUGUCAGACCAGCAGCAAAUGGUGCAGGAGCUGACAGCAGAAAACGAGAAGCUAGUGGAAGAGAAGGCUCUGCUGGAGACCUCCUUUCAUCAGCACAAAGAGAGAGCAGAACAGCUUAGUCAGGAAAAAGAAAACCUGAUGACUCUCCUACAAGAGCGAUCCAAGAAUGAAGAAACCAAAGUUCAGGAGGGGAAAAUCCUUGAACUGGAGCAGAAAUGCACAGAAUUGCUUGAGAAAGCACAGUUUGAAAGAGAAAAGCUGCUCAACAUCCAGCAACAAUUAUCCAGCAGCCUACGGAGCUUAGAAAGGGAGCACCAAGAUGCUCAGGAGGUGAUCAAGGGCCUGAGAUCGGAAAAUGAGACGUUGGGUGGGCUUUUAGAAAUGGAACGACAGAACAACAGCAUGAUGGCAAAGUCUCUAGAGGACUGUAAAGUUGCCUUAGAAGGCCUGAAGAUUGAAAAUGGAUCUCUCAAAACUCAGUUAGACAGUGAGAAACAAAAAGCUGCAGAGAUCAAUGCAAUGGGAUGUACCACUGACAACUCUGGGGUGCAAGAGAUGUUGAAAGUGGCCCAUGCAGAGAAGGAUCAGUUAGAACUGGCUUGUACAGAGCUCAAACAAGAGCUGCUGAAGGCAAACAGUGAAGUGAAACAUGUCCAGGGUCUACUGGCCAAGGUGGAGAAGGAAUGUGGUCAGCUGAAGGAGCUGUAUGACCGACAGGCUGAACAGCUGAGCAGAACCAGCCUGAAGCUGCAGGAGAAGACUUCUGAGAAUGAGUCUGAGAUCAAAAACCUGAAGGAGACCAUCUUUGAGCUGGAGGACCAGGUGGAGCAGCAACGUGCUAUCAAACUGCACAACAACCAGCUCAUCAGUGACCUGGAGAGUAAUGUGAUGAAGCUAGAAGAGCACAAGCUGAAUCUGGAGAGGCAGCUGAAGGGUCUGACUAAGCAGAUAAAGGAAGAUGCAGAGGAGUGGAGGCGUUUUCAAGCUGACCUACAGACUGCAGUGGUGGUGGCCAACGAUAUCAAGUGUGAGGCUCAGCAGGAGCUGCGGGUGGUGAAGAGGAAGCUCCAGGAGGAAGAGGAGAAAAGUGCCAAGAUGCAGAAGGAGCUGGAGGAACUGCAGGGCAGCAGCAGGCUGACAACUGAGGAGGUGAAUUCUGUAGAAGCAGAUACCACCAACCGCUGGCAAGGAGUCUGUGUCAGCAGGGCAUCACCCACUCCCUCAGAGUCUGCAGCUACUGUCAAGUCACUCAUCAAGUCAUUUGACUUGGGAUGCUCAGGGAGCACUGGGCAGAGUAUCACGGUUCACAAGGUCCCCAGGAGCCCUCUGAGUGGAAUUCCAGUGAGGACAGCCCCAGCAGCCGCUGUCUCCCCCAUGCAGAGGCAUACUGCUUACAGUAAUGCAAAGCUGCUCAGCAAAGGAGUCGACAAACACACAGACCUUCCAGACCUCCCCCUUGCAGACCUUCUAAAAGGGAGAAGUGAGGACCUGAAACCAGACCAUUACCUCCGCAAGAGCCCUUCCCUGGAGUCUCUGAGCAAACCCCCCUCAAUGGCCUUCAGCAGCAGGCUGCUGACCUCCAGCCCAAGCAGCCUGAAACCCCCCAGCAAACUCAGUGUGGAGAGAAAGGACCCAUUAGCAGCCCUGGCCCGAGAGUAUGGCGGCUCCAAGAGGAAUGCACUGCUGAAGUGGUGUCAGAAGAAGACUGAAGGUUACCUGAACAUAGACAUUACCAACUUCAGCAGCAGCUGGAGCGAUGGGCUGGCCUUCUGCGCUCUCCUCCACACCUACCUGCCUGCACACAUUCCAUACCAGGAGCUCAAUGGCCAGGAUAAAAAAAGAAAUCUGCUUUUGGCUUUUCAAGCUGCUGAAAGUGUGGGCAUCAAACCCAGUCUGGAACUCAGUGAGAUGAUGUACACAGACCGGCCAGACUGGCAGAGCGUGAUGCAGUACGUGGCCCAGAUUUACAAGUACUUUGAGACCUGA